AUGUCUCGAUCCACAGAUCCAGGUCACUUCUUCCAGACUGAUGCUUCCGAAUCGACUCGAGCUCGCAGAGCUGCAAAAUCCGGAAAUAAGAAUGGCAACCCUAUAGUCCUCCAAUCCAAAAUCCUGAGCGUUAUUCCUGAUCCCUUCUCCCCAACUUGCAUUUUCAUCGCAGAGAGCGCCGGAUGCGUCAGAAGAGUUAAUGUCGAAAGUAGGGAUUCAAAGACUGUUUACAGAGGACCAACUGCUCCAGUCACAUCAGUAGCAAUUGGCGGGCAGGGAGGAGCUACCGUCUUCGCAGGUUGCUGGGACAAAGACAUUUGGAGCUGGGAUAAGGAAACUCGUGCUCCAGGACGGAGAUAUAAGGGCCAUUCAGAUUUUCUCCUCAUCUCGGGCGGGGCAGACUCGAAACUCAUUGUGUGGAACGCAGCAACUGCUGAUCGCCUACAUACCCUUCGGGACAAAACCGACACCAUGAUGGCUCUCCAGGACCUUGUCCUGGAUCCUGAAGCCUCUACGGAUUCCGAGAUCGUCCUGGUGUCCUCAAGUAGUGACCCUCAGAUCCGGAGAUGGCGGAUAGGUCUCACGUCCGCCGCCCAGAUUUUGGAUACAGCUCAAGGAGCCCAAUCGCAAGGCCAGCCAACCAGAGGUACAAUUCUCGAACACGAGACGAGCGUGUACAGAGUCCUCUUUUCGGGUUAUGGUGAAGAUGCUGAUCUCUGGACUGCCAGUGCAGACGGAACAGCGAAAUGUCUGUCAAGAGCGAGGAACUGGACCACGGAGGAAACUUAUGAACAUGGGGAUUAUGUUAGAGCUGUUGCAGUCACUAUCGAUUGGGUUAUUACUGCUGGCCGAGAUGAGGAUGUUAAAGUAUGGGACAGGGCCACAGGGAAGCUGUGGCAUGUGUACGAUGGCCAUUAUGAGGAGGUCACUGGACUGGUAGUGAUUGAUGGUGAGAAGAAGGUGGUUAGCGUCAGCAUUGACGGAACUGUCAGAACCUGGAGCCUCGGAAAGGCGGAUUUGGAAAAGGCGAGAAAAGAAAGGGGGGAGAAAUUGAAAGGUGUGCUGAAAGAGGAGAAGGCGAAGCCGAAGACGAGUCUUUUGACCGCGGAAGAGGAAGCUGAAUUGGCUGAGCUGAUGGAUUCAGACGAAGACUGA